GAGAUGUAAUUUGCGGGCGCAAUUUGAAACGCAUGUGAGCAGUAAUGAGAAUUUUAGAAGAAUUUGUGUAUGUGAUCUGUUAUUUGUCGUCUUACCUGACUUGGAAUGGAGACUAUAGUGAAGUUGAUAGGUGGUCUCAUUCCGGACGAUCUUUUAUCUUUUUUACCAAAAGAAGUACACCCUUCCACUGUUUACCUGCUUCGUGUGGCACUUAAUCAUCAGAAUAGUGGCUAUGUAGAUGCUGUUCUGGAUUUCACCUGGGAACAACUGAAUACUGGACAUUGGUGUAAUGUUCCUGUGUGGUUGAGGCAAGUUUACACUGUUGCAGCCCUCAUCAAGGUCAAACUUUCUUUAUCUGAAAUGCAAGAUCAGCCGUCAGAAGAGACUAUAAUGCAUCAGAAUGUGAUGGAGAUAUUGGACAUGGGGUUGCUGCUUGGAGCACCACUUGCAGCACCUGCCCCUGAUCUAUCUGAUCUUGCCCGUAUUCUCUCUGAAAAUAUUUCAAAAGAUGUGGAUAUGAAACCUCUAGCAGUAUCAGAAUUCAAAAGGCAGAGAUUGUUAGCCUCAGAUAUCAGUGGCAUUCAUGGUACACCAGUACCAACAGUGGAAUGUCCAUCACUUGAAAGUUUCUACGCCAUGUAUUUUAAACCACUUGUACCAGUUAAGAUUACAGGUUGCAUGUCCCAUUGGCCAGCUAUGGAGCGAUGGACUGACUUCACUUAUCUCCAAGCUAAAGCUGGUGCCCGCACUGUUCCUGUGGAAUUAGGUCCUCACUACUUGCAUCCUGACUGGAGUCAAAAGCUGAUGACAGUUGGCACAUUUAUUAAGGACUAUGUAAGAAAUCCAGAAUCAGGAAAAGAUGUGGGUUAUCUUGCUCAGCAUCCUCUUUUUGAUCAGAUCCCAGAGCUUAAAGAUGACAUUAGAAUACCAGAUUACUGCUGCCUUAGUUCCGAGGACAAAAAUGAAGAACAGAGUGAAGAUCCAGACAUCAAUGCUUGGUUUGGGCCUCAGGGUACUGUUACACCAUUGCAUUAUGACCCAAAACAUAACUUAUUAGCACAGGUUAUAGGUGAAAAAAGAGUACUUCUUUAUUCACCAACUGAUUCGGAUGUCUUAUAUCCUCCAAAAAGUGGCUUGGUUACUAACACAGCCCAAGUAGACCCAGAAGCACCUGAUUAUGAAAGUUUCCCUUUGUACAAAGAAAUCUCAGCAAUGGAAACUGUGCUCUUGCCAGGAGAGAUGCUGUACAUUCCACCUGGAUGGUGGCACCAUGUAAGAGCUUUAUCUACCAGUUUCUCUGUUAGUUUCUGGUGGAUGUGAAAUUAAACAACAAAUAAGCAAAAUCUGAAGAAAGAUAAUGCAAAGAAUUGUUGGAUAAAUGUGUUUGUUUAAAGAUCACAAAACAGAUAAUUUACCAGUGUGAUGAAGCAGAGCUACUAUUUUGUGAAGUAUUAUUAUAACUAAAGCACCUAAAUUCGUAUAUAAUCAAAAUUAUAAGCAUAAAUUCUAAUGUGAAAAUGAAAUAACUCAUUCAUAAUCCAGAAUUUGAGUACCGGAUGUAAAAAUUAGAAAAUUAAAAGUUCAGUGAUGGCACAUUCAAGAAUUGUGAGAUUUUAUUGGGUUUAAGGUAGAGAUUUGAUAAUCCAGAGGUUUUGUGUUUUAUCUUUGAUCCCCAGUUGCUACUAGAAUUUUAUUCUGGCAGUUAAUGUCACAUUUGUAACCAACACACUUAGUGUUCAUUAAAAAGACUGUGUCAGCUGUGUUUGCAGUUAAAUUACACAUUCACCAUUAUUAAUGUCCUUCGUGCAUUGUUUGGCUGAUUCUGUUUUGCAUCAGAUGGCGACAUAAGUAUGCCACCUUCAAAAUGUUGUUAAGCAUUGUGGAGUUUUCAGAUUAAUAUCAUUACUUUUAUGAUUUGUUGUGGAAACCUCAGUAUUGGUCUGCUUGGAUUCGGAUGAUGAACACUAUCAUUAUUAGAGAAACAAAAAAGCAGAAUUUUUAGACAAUUUUUUCAGGUGGAAAAAAUGACAAUGUUCUAUUUAAUUUUGAUAAAGGAUGUGAUUUAAGGUGUAUUUACCAUUUUUAUGCUUUCCUGUAAUGUUUUUCAAUGUCUGUUCUGCAUGAUUUAUUGAGUAUAGAUAAAAAGAGAUGUACUAUGUUGCUGAAAUUAGUAAUUUUAACUAAGUGUGCUAAAAUGCUGCAAAAAUGAAAUUUAAAGUGUUAUCCUGAUACCCAGCAGUGCCUUUUAAUAGAAUACAACCUAUGCUCAAUAAAUAUGGUGAAGAAUUUGCAGGAAAUAUGGUAUGUUUGUGAGCUAAAUAUGCAUAUUGGGCAAAGGCAAUGUGUGAGAUGAGCUUGUGUUAAGCAUCCAUAUGGUUUUGGAUUGAAGCAUUGUCCUUAUUGGUGUUUCAUCCAAGGCAAGAAGAGUAAGUAUUUAGCAGGGGAAAGCAUUCAAAGGAAGGAUGGAGCAAAAUAACCCCUUUAAAUGCUAAGGAGCCACUGCACAGUAUGGCAGUAUAGGGCGGGCUGCGCAUCAUUAUGCAGUAUUGCCAGGAUCCAUUUGUUUAAGUACUGUGGUGCACGUCUCAUUCUCUCUAGUUUGUGGCCAAAGAUUUUCACAUAGGUAGCUGCUUUCAGUGCCCUGAAUUGGAACAUUUUACCUGUAACCUUUAAGGAUUUCAUUAACCCUGAGCAAAGCCACAUCAUGCUUUGCCUCAUCAAUUCAAAAUCGUACUUCGAGCAAUACAACUCGUCACCCAUAAAGGUCCAUUCAGAAAAGGUGGGGUCUCUAUCCACAGUUAGUGAUUUAUUUGGGAAUAAAUGUGGAACCAUAUGCUCUUUUUGGAUUUUUUAUACAAUUCAUUGUACGAUUAACAUGUUUUCGAGCCACUGCAGGCUCAUCAUCAGAUGGAUCUGUUACAAGAACAUUAUACCGUGGGCCAAGUGCAGCUAGAUGCUGGGGAAAACAGCAGAACUUUAGCUGUUGAUAGUGAAAUGUUUUUGAAAAGGAAAGGUUGUUGUUGCUAAUUUAAAUCACAGUUGCAGUUUGUCAUCCAUAAUUGAUAGAUUAAAACUGCCUCCCCCCCCCCCCCGACAGUCACUACGCAAUUCCAUCCUGCCAUGUUUCUGUUCAUGAGGUUGGAACUGCAGACAUAGUUUUAGCCUUGCCCAAUUUGUCCAUUACAAUUCUAUAAACACCUCCCAUAUUGAUGCUUCUGUAACGUCUGCCAUCAUUUCAACUGUCUGUCAAUGACCUUUAGUUGAGAUUCAGAGAAAAUUCACUGUGUUGUUACUGCAGAGCCACUAAGAAACAUUUUUCCACACAAGCGAUUAUCACUUGGUGCCACUUAUACCUGCUUCCCUCCUCCUUUUUCCUCAUACAUUUUCACUCUUGUCAGUUUCUGCACGUGCUGUAUACAAAUCUUGUACUUGGCCACCCCUAACACGUCUCAGCUUGGUGCCCCAAGCGGUUGGUCUUAAUUGUGGAAUGCCGUGUACAGAAAUGUUAGAAUUGCGAUGCCUCUGGUGCACACCAAGUGAUGGCUUUUGACACUUGGGACUUAAAUUGGCUCUGUAUCAGUGGUACAAGAAGUUGCAGGCCCAAUGGGAUGCUCCAACCAUUAUGGAAAUGCUUGUUUCACUUGUAUACAAAAGCACUAUUUCCAUGUUUCUGCUGCAGCAUAAGGUGACAGUUGCUUGCCAUUUGCCCAAGUUUGAAGCAGAAUUCCAUUUUAGAAUGUAAGUUUUUCAGGCUUGACAGUAUUACUGCACCACACCUUACUUUCACAAUGCAUACACAAAAUCUAUUUAUCUGGACAACCACACAGUUUCGCAAGCAAAUGGUGACAUGUUGACUUUGAGGUAUUUCACACCAGCAACUCGUUCAUCUUAUUUAUUCUUCAUAGGUUGUAUUUCUCAUAACACCAGAGGUGUUUUAUAAUCCUGAUAUUAAUUGUUAACCUAUUUUUGUGUAAAUAUAAAGUCAAGAAGACAAGACUUUUGUAUCUUAUUUUCUUGUU